GGUAGUGUCACAUGUUGUGUGCGAGCUGUCAUUGGACAAGAGGCCAGGUGCUGUAGUACAGGGUGUACGCUGCUCGGUCAUCGUCAAAUAUAAAUACACUUGUGCUGGGCUACACACCAGUAACAUCGGAGAAGUAACUGUAAACUCCAGUUGACUUCAUACACAGCCCAUUCAGGAUGCCUGGAUCAGCCGCAAUUAGUUGCUUGGGACCGUGGCCCAAAGAUGUGGGUAUCAUUGCCAUGGAACUGUACUUCCCAGCCCAGUAUGUGGACCAGGCCGAGCUGGAGCAGUUUGAUGGUGUGCCAUCUGGUAAAUACACUGUGGGACUGGGCCAAGCUCGCAUGGGCUUCUGCUCAGACUGUGAAGACAUCAACUCUCUGUGCCUAACGGUGGUCCAGAGGCUGAUGGAGAGGAACAGCCUGUCCUACGACAGCGUGGGUCGACUGGAGGUUGGCACUGAGACCAUCAUUGACAAGUCCAAAUCCGUCAAGACAGUCAUCAUGCAGCUGUUUGAAGACUCAGGCAAUACAGAUGUGGAGGGCAUUGACACCACUAAUGCCUGCUAUGGUGGGACAGCUGCACUCUUCAAUGCUGUCAACUGGGUGGAAUCUAGCUCAUGGGAUGGGCGCUACGCUUUGGUGGUAGCAGGUGACAUUGCUGUCUACGCCACAGGAAGUGCCCGGCCUACUGGGGGUGCUGGUGCAGUGGCUAUGCUGGUUGGGCCUAAUGCUCCUCUAGCCUUUGAACGAGGUCUGCGAGGAACUCACAUGCAGCACGCAUAUGACUUCUACAAGCCAGACCUGGUGUCAGAGUACCCGGUGGUGGAUGGCAAGUUGUCGAUAGAGUGCUACUUGAGUGCCUUGGACCGCUGCUACUCUGUGUAUCGCAACAAGAUCCAUGCACAGUGGCAAAGAGAGGGUUCAGAGAGGCGCUUCAGCUUGGAGGACUUUGGCUUUCUAGUCUUUCAUUCCCCAUACUGCAAGCUGGUGCAGAAGUCGCUGGCCAGACUGAUGCUGAACGAUUUCCUGAGCCACCCCAACCCCAACACUGAGACGGGACCCUACACAGGCCUUGAUGCCUUCAGAGAUGUACAGCCAGAAGAGACCUACUUUGAUCGGGAUGUGGAGAAGGCCUUCAUGAAGGCCAGUGCAGAUCUGUUUGAAAGGAAGACCAAGGCCUCCCUACUGAUCUCCAACCAGAAUGGAAACAUGUACACACCCUCUGUCUACGGCUGCCUGGCAUCACUCAUUGCACAACACACACCUUCACAGAUAGCAGGACAGAGGAUUGGAGUUUUCUCCUACGGUUCAGGAUUUGCUGCUACUCUGUAUUCUCUCCGAGUCACACAGGACCAUACACCUGGAUCUGGUCUGGACAAACUCGUAUCCAGCCUGAGUGACCUGAAGGUCAGAUUGGACUCGAGGAAGAAGGUUUCACCUGCUGUAUUCUCGGAGAAUAUGAAGCUGAGAGAGGAGACUCACCACUUAGCCAGCUACGUCCCUCGAGGCUCAGUGGAGGAUCUGUUCCCAGGGACAUGGUACCUGACGCGAGUGGAUGAUAAACACCGCAGGGAAUAUGCCCGCAGACCUCAAGACCAUGACCUGCCAGCAGAGCCGCAACUUGUACGCUCCAGCACUGCCACUGAGCACAUCCCCAGUCCAGCCAAGAAGAUGCCUCGCAUCCCUGCAGCCACUGCAUGCCCUGAGGCUGCUGUCAGCAACUGAGAGCACUCAGCUUACCUCUGAGAGGUAUCAAACUCCAGUGACUAGACAACACUAGAGGUCAGAAGUGUCGCCUCCCAAAUCAUUGUACAUUGAACUUAAUUAGGUCAGAAUAAGUUUGUCAUUUAAAUGUCCAGUGGGGGUGUGUGGACAGAUAUGUUCUGUGUCCUGCCUGUACUCUUCCACAUGUAACACUGUCAACUCCAUAUAUACUGUCCAUUGUCGUCACAAUAAUUUUUAUUUUAUUUUUUUAAGAAAACCUUUAUUUCAAAGUUUACAUUUUUACAUAUUUUCCUUUUGCAUUUAUGCAAAAUGGACAGUUGUUUAUUUGGGAGGAGCACAGGCAAAUGUUUGAGUUCAAGACGCAGAAUUCCUCCUGGCAGCUGGCAGCCAGUGACAGGAAGAGGAAAUGAACAUAAUUAAUGUGGCUUCAGGCCUCCUGCUGAUUAAAAGAACAAAGGGAAGUGGGCCUCAACUGUGUUUAUGUAUCGAAAUAGUGCUGCUGCUGCUGCCACAGCAACCCAGCAUGAGAUGGAGCUCAUACCCCCACUCUGCUGUUUGUGUUCAAUACCUCAGUUUUUUCUGAAGAUGUGUGGUCAGUUUUCUACAGGACCCUGCAGUUUCUGUGACAAAACACAAGUCCAGGACCUAGUGAUGCUGCACACAGGGGGCUACUGCACAUACUGCUUGGAGUCUUUAAACUCCUGUUGACUGCUGUAGCUGAGCUAAUGUAUACUCAAACAGAAGACCAGUUCUGCUCUGUAGAUACAGGUUAAACUGAGGCUUUUGUGGAUAACACCGAUGUCAGCCUAGUUUUUCUAUUUGCCUCCUGUUUUAGACAUCUGUAAUACGACAGCCUGAGCAGAUGCACUGCGAACUUGGUGUUAUAUCAUACUUUGUAACAGAUUUUGUCUAAAGAUGAAAUAAGUAGUCGCUUAAUUGAUGAGUUGAUUGUCAAAAAAUAUUUGAUAUUGAAUUCAUCAUUUGACCAAGCAAAAAUGCCAAACUGGUUUCAGCUUCUCAAUACACAAACAAUUCUGUUUAUGUAGAAUAACAGGAAAUUUAAUGUGUUUGUGUCUCUGAUCAGACAAAACAAGAUAUUUGAAGCUUGGGCCUCAGCUGGAGAUUUUUUGUUUUCUUUUGUUUCUUUGUUUGUGCAGACUAGAUGAUCAGAUGGGUUACAUUAUUGUAUUGGGAAUAAUUAGCAGUUGCAGCCCAAAUAUACCACAAGUAAUUUUGCCUUUUCACUGCCACCACAUGUGUAGUAACAUAUAUAAUGAGUAAAUAAGCUAGCUGUAAAUGAUCUACUGCAGUCAUAGUGCUGCAGCAUGUCUGAGAUCCUCUUACUGUACAGCUCAGCUCUGAGCAUUAUCUGAGCUGUAGAACACACAGUAGAGAGUGGCCAACAUCAGUAGGCUUAGACUAGUCUAAACCAAUAUCAACUAAAAGGAAAUCAGUACAUCAGUGUCAUCCUUUAAAGGUGCAGUCAGCUAAAUGUGUUUAGUAGUAACUGUAGGAACAGUAUAGAGUUGUCAGAUUUUUUUUUCCUUUUUUGUGAUUAUAUUUUGACUUGACUCACACAUGUUAAAGUCACCACCCUUUGGGAAACAUGAAGUCCUUCACUGAGAGGAUGUGGGGCUGCAUGUUAUUGCAAUGCUUAAGAAGUCUACCCAACUUAAGUUUCCACUGCAGAUAUCCACGUCUGCUCAAGUGCAGCAGCAGAACAUCUACUCAGAGUCCACCAAACCAAAUCUAAUGCAGGCUAAUACAAUCCCAGCUGCAAUGAAUCUUCCCUUCCUCGAGCUUCUCAUCUGUUUGGUGUUGUGUGAUGCUGUUGAACUCUAUCAUUAUACUGGGGGUGUUUCUAAUUUUUUGCGCACCCCUGAUAUAUACAUGAGGGUGGACUGAAUAUUAAACACUUCCCUGAGUAAUGCAAAAUGAUGAUGAUAUUGAAUUGUCGCCUCUCUAACGACCCUAGAGUUUUGAUGAAGGGAUGGUUCAUUGCAGAGGUGCUGAAUUAGACUGCAUUAGUUUUAGACAGAUGGACCAAAAAACUGGAAAUGUGACUUCUGCCAUGUUAAACAUUUCAUCUGUGUAUUUCACUCCUGUAUAAACUGACUGAUGUAGGGCAAGGCAUCUAAUGCAACACCAGGUUUUAUUCUGGUUUUCCAUGUGCACAGGCAAUGGUAGAAGGUUGAGGGAUGGGUCCUGUGCAAAUACACUGAUCUGCACUGGAUCUGCCUCAUUCAAAGCUUUGACGCAGCAGCAGUUCUACAAUACAGUGUGUUCAGUUUGUGCACAGAGUCAGUAAAAAGUAGAGUUGCAUCUUCAAGGAUAUAUAGACUAUAUCAGACAGUUGGCUGUGGACAUUUCUCUAAGAAUUGUUUAUGUUGUGACACCACAUUUCCAGGCGGUGAUUGUUAGAGUUUGACUUGACUCUCUGCAUUACACCAAACUGUCAUACAUUCACAUCAACCUGCUACUGUGAAUGUGAAUUGCACUGUGUUACAGUGUUGUUGGUUUUCAGCCAGAUGGCUAAAUUGUAACAUAGGAAUUAAUAUUAAAGCCGCUGAAGGGCUUUGUUUAAUCUAUUUCUAGGUCAGGAAACUGAAGUGCAACAUACACAGCAGAAAUGUUUCAUUUCUUAUGAUUACAGCAAAUUAUUUUGUUUUCAGUGGCUUUUAUCUCAAUGUGGUUGUUUUUCCUGUUUAACACUGACUGAUAUGAUUGGACAGUGGCUGCAGUCAGCAGGCAAAAAAAAAAACAAAAAGAAAAGAGCUCAGGCAGAAAACAUCAGCCUUAAUCUAACAGUGUUGGUGUGUUCCUGUUCCUGUUGAUGGCUGGACCAGCUUGUGUACAGGCACACAGGGAUCAGAGGAGUCGGGACAGUUGAUGUUACGGUGACUACAUUCUUGAAAAGCCUUACAACAAGCAUGUAUGAAUUGUAAACAGACAACGCUUUUCUUCUAAUAAUGUACAGAUAUUCUUUUUAAUUGUACAGUCAGACUUGGAUCUUCUGGAGUCAGGCCCUACUCACACCAGCAUAGCAAACACACACACAGUGUCGCUGUGUGUGCUCUUGGUAUGACUAACAUUUCAUGUUUGUAGGGUCUGUCUCAGAGGUCACAUUAUCUUUACCUAUGUUGAUGGUAAUGUACAUUACAAACUGUAAAAUUAUUUAUGCUGUAUAAAUAUGAAUGAAUGGUUGUCUCAGCAGAUUAAUUUUAUCUAGACACUUGGUGUAAUCAUGUAGAUUCAGAAUAAAUGGACUUUCAACAUG